UGAUAGGAGAAAAUUAUUGAGGAUAGGAAAAGGAUUGAAGGUUGCUGAAGGUUUUUGGUUGAAUAUAAACUGUUAAUUGCAAAUAGCAAGAACAGACUUUUGAAGAAAGCUGCUGGUAGAAAAAAAUAUCAUUAGGAAAGUUGUUUACUGGGUGGAUUUAAUUUUAGAAUGAAGCUUUUAAUUUAAACAUUGUUAAAUUCCUGCAUGCAUACACGCACAUUUGCUUGCACAUGAAGUACUUGAUCCAGCAGUACAGUGCAGGCAAGCACAAAUAUGCAUUUAUCUUUGGUAAAAGAAUUUUUUUAAUGCUUCAGAUGCAGGUGGUUAUAGUGUGGCAGUAACAAAUCUGUCUGAUUAGGGCAUGUCGGGUGUAAUUUAUUCCUGAUGAGGUAAAGCAGAAGGUAAAAUAACAUGGCUAGAGACAUAUUUGAGGCUAGUACUACAGAAUUACAGCCCCCAACAAUGGGAAAUAUCAGAGAGGAGAGUGUGGGUGUCUGAUGGUUGCAUUCAAACGUGGACUAUUAGGUUGAUGUCACAGUUGAUAUGGAGGAGCAGUGGGAAAACAGCUUGCAGUGUUACCACUCUAAUAUGUUUUGUUAGGAGGAAUUGCCAGAAUUUGUUUUUCUUAGGAGCUGAUAGAGAACGUUUUGACAGAAAAAUUACAGAUCUGGAUUUAUAAGUGAAUGGUUAGCACAAAAUGCUGAUUUGUUACUAGUAACUUCCUCCUAAUAAUACUGCCAAUGCAGUGUCUCAUUCAGAAAUGUAAGAACAGGUUCCUUCUGUUUAAAAAGGAGUUGCUCUUCUGACAAAAGCUGUUGCUAAGAGGAUUGUGCUGCUACAUUUCUCAGAUGAGCGAAGCUGGGUGUGUAGGGGAGGAAUAGAUGAGACAAAUAUCUCUCGGAUUCCAGCAAAUAUAAUGUGGAAGAAUUGCAGGAGAGAAGCAUUUAUUUUCCUUUCUCUUCUGGUCUACUCUCCCAAGAGAAUGAUCCGCUGAUAAACAUCUCAAACUUACGAGGCAGCUUGGAGCCCAUUUGGUUGUAAACCGAUUUUAUUUCUUAUUUUUUAAUUUGUAUUAAUGUUCCAAGGCUGCAAAAUCCCUGUGUGACUCAUAGAGCAUUACUUCGUAUAAUUCCUUUGAAAUCGAUACAGUUGUCUGAUUACUUCAGUUUAUAACCUCUGAGAUUGUUCAACUCUAGUGAGUAUUUUUUUCCUUAGAAACCAAAAGUUCUUGCAAUUAAUGCUGUUACAGUUACCAGCUUUUAGAAGUUCAGUGACUUAUGUGCACACACACAUGCAGUUUCCUCAGAAACAACAUAGAAUCAUAGAAUGGCUUAGGUUUUAAGGGACCUUAAGCUCAUCCAGUUCCAACCCUGUGCUGUGGGUAGAGUUACCACCAACCAGCUCAGGCUGUCCAAGGCCCUAUCCAACCUAACUGAAUGCUUCCAGGAUGGAGCAUCUACAACCUCCCUGGGUAGCCUGUUCCAAUGCCACACCACCCUCUAAAUGAAAAAAAUUCACGCUGACAACUAGUAGUGUAGUAUUAGGAUGUUUAAGCACAUCAUGGAUAAAGCCAAAAAACAUGCUCCCAGUUGGAAGCUAGUUGCCUUCUUUGAAGCCUUUCACUUGCAGGAUAUCAUGUAGGAUAUUGCUAUUUGCAUUACAUGUUCAGAAAAUAAUUUGUUUCAUUGCAUAAGAAGGUGCUGGUCAGCUGCUACUUUGUCUUUUGCUUCUUUACUGAGCUUGGCUUUUCUCACCCGUUUAUUUCUUUGUUUAUCUACUUUCUCCUUAAGAGAUGUGCAUAAAAUUCUGACUUGUUUGUUUAUUGGAAACACAAAUGGAAAUUUGUUGAUUGUGACAGCACAGUGUUCCUGUGCUGGAUUGUUCCAUGUGGCCCCUCUCCCUCCCUGUUCAAAGAAGAGAGAGAAGCUUGGGAUGGAGAUGUACAGAACAAAAUCUAUCUAGGUCACUGAAUCUGUACGGUGCUGCCAGGUAUCUUUCAGAUGAAGGAAUUGAAACUUGCAUAAAUUCAUCCGAGAAAGUCAAUACGAAUGACAUUAUCCUAGUUGCACUUAAUACAGAUUUAAGAACGAUUGGCAAGAAAUUCCUCCCUAGUGACAUCAAUGGUGGAAAGGUGGAAAAGCUGGAAGGGCCAUGUGUUCUGCAAAUACAGAAAAUACGCAAUGUUUCUGCACCAAAGGAUAAUGAAGAAUCUCAGGCUGCACCCAGAAUGUUACGUUUACAGAUGACUGAUGGACAUACAAGCUGCACAGCUAUAGAAUACAAUAGCAUGUCAAAAAUAAGCUUGAACACUCCACCUGGAACAAAAAUUAAACUUUCUGGAAUUAUUGAAGUAAGAAAUGGAUUCUUGCUGCUGGAUGAUAGUAACACUGCAGUUCUCGGAGGUGAAGUGGAGCAUCUUAUAGAAAAGUGGGAAUUACAAAGGAGUUUAGCAAAACACAGUAGGAGUAAUAUUGGAACAGAAGGUGGCCCUCCCCCUUUUUUGCCUUUUGGACAGAAAUGUGCAUCUCACAUGCAAGUGGAUAGCAGAGAGCUUGAUCGAAGAAAGACACUGCAAAUGACAAAUACUGCAAAACCUGUUGCUGACAAUGAUGAAUUUGAAAAACAAAGAACAGCUGCCAUCGCAGAAGUAGCAAAGAGCAAGGAGACCAAGACAUUUGGAGGAGGUGGUGGUAACAGCAGAAGUAAUCUUAGUGUAAGUGCUGGAGGGAAUCGAAACAGGGAACUUUUCCAGAAAGAGAAGAUAACAAAACCUGAGGGAAAAAAUGAAGGUGUCUACAGAGAACUGGUUGAUGAAAAGGCUUUAAAACACAUAACAGAGAUGGGCUUCAGUAAAGAAGCAGCAAGACAGGCACUUAUGGAUAACAGUAACAACCUAGAGGCAGCAUUAAAUUUUCUUCUGAACAGCAGUAAACAAAAGCCCCUUCAGGGACCACCACCUAGAGGUAAAGGAAAGGGCCGAGGCCGAAUAAGACCUGAAGAUGAAGAAGAGCUAGGAAAUACCAGACCGUCUGCACCAAGCACGCUGUUUGAUUUCUUAGAAUCCAAAAUGGGUACUUUAACUGUAGAGGAACCAAAAUUACAAUUUCAACCACCACAUCAAGUACAGCCCAAAGUUAUGAAUACAGAACAGAAUGGCAUCAAAGAAAAUCAUUCAAGGCAUAUUUCUCGCAAUGACAUGAGACAACCAAGGAAUGAGAAGCCCCCUCGUUUUCAAAGAGAUAUUCAGAAUUCAAGGCAGGCUUUGGAAAGCGGGGGAUUACAAAGAAACAGAGGUCCUGAAAGGCACAACUCUUUAGAACAUUGGACAGACGAGAAAAUUAAAAGUGACAGACAUUAUCCUAGAAAUGAUAGGCCAAAAGAUUUGGGUUAUCCCAUAGCUGCUCACCAGAGUGAUAUUUCCUUUAAAAAAAGGGAUAACAAUAUGCAAAACAGAAUAGGAAAAGGGGUGUCUUUCACAGAAUUCAAGGAGAACUCUGCUGCUCAAGAUACUACAGACAACAAUAACCAGAAACGUGGGAAAAGGGAAAAUCAAAUGCACAAUUCUGAAAAUUUUUGUGAUAGGAAAGCACGAACAAUAAGUAAUGAAACCUUUAUGGUAAAAAGUGAGCAACAUUUUGGUGUGAAUAAUGAUUACCAAAACCCUGGUAGAACUGAUAAUUUUAAUUCUAUACCAAAUGGAGAUACAGAACAUCAUCAAAAAGGAAGACGAGUAGGGCCUAUCAAAUUGUCAGGACCUACUGUGAUUCCAUCUUAUGAUGACAAGAUUUUGUAUUACAACACUGCACCCAAAAGGAGAUCUGGGCCCAUCAAACCAGAGAAAAUAAUAGAACCAUCAAUUCAUUCAGAGUAUGGAAAAACCUGGAGACCUGGGGAUGAAUGUUUUGCUCUUUAUUGGGAAGACAACAAGUUCUACCGGGCAGAAGUUGAAGCUCUCCAUUCUUCUGGAAUGACUGCAGUUGUUAAAUUCUCUGACUAUGGAAAUUAUGAAGAGGUGCUUCUCAGCAACAUCAGGCCUAUUCAUGCAGACACCUGGGAGGAUGAAGAAGAAACAUAUGAGCAAACUCUAGAAUUCCGCAGAGGAGGUGAUGGUCAACCAAGGCGGUCCACACGACCUACUCAACAAUUUUAUCAGCCCCCAAGAGCUAGAAACUGAUUAAUAAGAAUUAAAUGUGAUCUUCUUGGGUUGAGGGAAAAUUCACUGGCAGCUCCAACUUGAUGAAGACUUCUAGAAAAACUUCUGGCUUUUUUCAAGCAACAGGAUGGGACAAAUAAAAGCUGAUAUGAGCAGAAGAAAUUUGAACUUGAUACCACAAGAGACUUUUUUAAAGUUCUUAGUUAAAUUAAGCUGAAUACUUUUUACAUAUGAAAGAAGCAAAUUGUCUUUGCUGCCACCAAUAAAACCACAGUGCACUAUUCUA